AUGCUUUAAGGCGAACAUCAAUUUUCUGAUUUCAUAGCUGUGAUAUUUGUUUAUGGAAUUAUUUUCAGCGAGUAUUAUGCCUUUGUAUUUAUUUUUCUACCUGCAUUUCUUAUUAAAGUAAUUCGUUUUUUUUAAAUAUUAGCAUGGACUUACUUCUUAUUUAAUUGGAAUUGAAUUUUCAAUAAUAUUCAUUUUCUUGAACUUAGCUUACAUCAUGAUUUAAUAUAUUAAACCAGGAUAUCCUCCAAAAGAUUUAGUAUUUAUUUUUCUAUAGAAAUAGGCCAAACAUUAUCAUGAAAGAACUUUGGAAGAGAUAAAAUAAAGAACAAGAAAAAUGACAGAGAAAAUUAAUAAACAUAGAUAAAGAAGAAUGUAAAACCAUAUUGAAUUGCACGAUGAGAAUGAUGAUGAAAUUGUAAUAAAAUAAUUUUAUAAUAUGGUUCCAGCGAUAUUAUCCAAGUAUUAUAAUUAGUUUCAUACUGCUUUAAAUGUGAUAACAUCAAAUUACCAA